CGGCUGCAGUCGGGCACGGCAGGCGGCAGGGCGUUCGUUGGGGCUGCGAGGCGAGGCGAGGCUGCGAGGCCUAGGCUGGCCCACGGCCCACGCCCGACCCGUCCCGUCCUGACCUGCAGUGCGUAGCAGUGCGCCGAGAGAACCGCGGGGCUGCCAAGCUGCCAAGCUGCGGGAGCGCCGUGCUUCGGGCAGCUCGACCAGCUCGACCACGACGCGGACACGCGAAACGACAUGGAAAGUGCGAAGUGCAACAACCGCCCCAACUAAUCGACUAAUCGAACCCCGCGGUUACAUUUCCCAUUUUCUGUGAUAAACGACAGAGAUGUGCGACGCGCCGCCAGCGGAGCCAUCUCGCACUACGACACGUAUUUCCGGCGCCGCCUUUUCCGCCGACACCUUGUUUCCGGUGCACUCCGCUCGAUUGAACAUUGAAUCCGACGCGCCAACGCCGAGCCGGCCCCUCUCUACAACGCGUCCUGCGGCGCGGUCCUUGCCGCCGAGCAGCACCUCGAGUAGCUUCCAGUGGCGUGCACGGCCGGCGUGGCCACAGCGAGGCAUGGUGCGCGUCUAGGAGGCCUAGACAGCCUAGACCUGCUAGCCAUGGAGGCCGCACCCGCCACGGGCCCCGGGCCCGGCCUGCUGCAGCGCUCGCACACGGCCGGCCCCGGCGAGCUCAAGAGGAGCACCAGCAACAGCAGCUUCCAGCGCUCCCCCAGCUACCACCAGCACCAGUCGCGGUCCCGACGCGGCGCUAGCGGUGGCGGCAGUGGAGGGGGCAAGCCGACGCUGGAGAUCUACCGACCGCCAAACGUCCGCGUUGAUGGGUCGUACAUGAACGGGGAAAACUCCAUCAGCAACCGGCUCAACGUGCACGCCAAGGAGUUCACCAUGAACGCCAUGGACCACAUCAAGAUGUCUAAGUCCAGCGGAAAUAUCCUGGCUUUCAACAACAACCACAACAACAACAACAGCAACAAUAACAAUAACAAAUCCGCCAAGUCCGCCAUGCUGCAGCAGUCCAAGUCGAGCGGCAACAUCAUGCACACCCUGCAGCAGCACCAGCGGCACUCGCAGCACCAGGCCUCCAUGGGCAGCGCUCUCCAGCAGUCUCACCGGGUGCACUUCCGCUUCGACGUGGAGGGCAACUCGUCUGAGGCCAGGGGGCUGCACACCGGGGCCCUGGAGAGCAGCGGCCCCGGGGCUGGUAGCGGCACCGGCAGCUCCGCGACCAGCAGGGUCAGGCACCGGGACCACGCGUCCUCAGCGCCCGGAGAGGAUCAUCACAUGGGAAAGCCUCUCCGCUCCAAGACCCAGGCCGCCAUCGCGACCGCCGCCCCCGCGGCGCCGGCAGGCGGCAUCAAGCGCUCCAAGAGCCUCGGCUCGGCAGACAUCCUCUCCGGGGGGCAGGCCAAGGACCUCCCCGACUUUGCCAACUUCCCGCCCGAAGUGCAGGCCGCCAUCCACAGGGCGGUAGAAGACCCCAAUCAGGUGUCGGCGAGGACUCUGAUGCAGCUAGUGAGGCACAUUAUGGAUAGGGUUGUGGAAAGCCGAAGCUUUGCAGAAUCCGCAGCAAAGCUAUGCAUAACAAUAAUUGAGAAAGAGAAGAACGAAACAUUUCUUGAGUCUCUUUUAAAUACAUGCCAAUUGUGGUACCAAAACCGGGAAAAGUACCUAAAAGCAUCAAGUCCUUCUGCAGGAUCAAGUGGGUCUCCAAGCAUGCGCUACCCUGCUUUCAUGGCCUUCUUAACUGAAAUGUACUGCCAGCUUAAACGGCGCCAGCUUCAAUUGAAAACUCAAUAUGACGGUGUAGCGCCUGGACUACUUCUUCUAACUCUUCUUGCUAAGUGCUGUCAAGAAUGUCUGAAACCUCCAUCAAUAAAUAGUUUGAAAGAGAUGGAGUGCUUGUUUUUUGUACUCUCUUCCAUUGGAAAAGACUUAGAAAUUGAGCUGCCAACUCGUAUGAAUGCUGUUUUAGCCGGAGUGCGAGAUGCGUUCUUAACAUCUGCAGCGAUUCCAGCCAUACGGAAGACACUUCUGCAGCUAAUCGAGCUCCACGCAGCACAGUGGCAAUUGCCUGCUCCUGCAAUUAUGUAUUAUUAUCCAGCGACAAAUAAGUGAUGGCAUGGGUGCAGUGGUUUUGUUUUAAUGUGAAUCUUCUGCAUUGGUUUAAAAAAAAAAAAAUCACAAAAAAUAGAACCAAUGAGCUAGGUAGAUUAACAUAAGAGGCUGCAGAUGUAGUAUUUAGUGCAAAUUACAAAAUCAAAUUUCUUAAAAAAAAAGUAUUCAGAUGUUCUCUCUCGCCCCUUGACGACUUAGCAAAGUCAAGGGCUAUAUAGCGGAAGGGUAAUCUAUUAUACAGUAAUAUUUGUUUCUGUAAGUAUUGAAGUGCCUUGAGAAAAAACGUAAUUGUGGUAUUUAACAGUGUUACGAGUGUGCUUUUGUGUUAGUAUGGGUUCUCAUUUAGUAGAGGACUGUCCCAAAUUUGGAUGUAACUUAUUGUGUCAUAUUGAAUUCUAUCAGACCUUAAUAAAUAAUAAUUAAGGCUGUUAUCAAAACAUGAAGAAGUUGCAAGGCAAGAAUGUUUCUGUCCUUGCACUGUAUUAUUAUCUGGUUUUGAAGAAACGUUAAUAGUCCAAAAUAUGUGAUUAGGAAUGUAAUGUAAUCUUUCAUAAUAUGAGAAAAGACUAGUCAAGCCAUGGAUUUUUAAACAAACUAUUGGCUGUGUAUACUGCUUGACACAUUUAUGAAAACAGGUACCUGGUGUCAAUCAAACUAAAAGUAGUUGAUGGUAGCUUGCUGUGAGUAAUAACAAGCCUCCUGUUGCAUUAUUAGAUAAAGAAAACAAAAGAAAAGAUUUUAGAUCUUAUUUUUCAUUAUUUCAAGAGCACAAUUUCCUCUUGUUGUUGCCCAUGUUGUUUUUAAGUUGUGUCAAUUCUGAAAAAAAAAAAAAAAAAAAAAAAAAAAAAACUCCUGUUUUUUAUUACAGAAAAUUGUGGUGACUUGUAUUUAAUGUAGCUUUCAUAGGAAGAACUGAAUCUAUCAUUCUAUAAAAUACAUUUUGGGCAUGUAGUUUUCUAGUAUGUACCAGUGAAACCUUGGGACCUCUUAUCUUAGUGAUGGACAUCUGUACCUACCAAUAACGGUUAGCAACUACUAGAGUCCUAGGACUCUAGCAACUGUCCCAAUUGGUUCACAUACAUCAUGCCUUUGUUGUUUAAUUAAUAUACCAUUAAGAGUUUGUUGAUGUGUGGUAAAAACACAUUGUAGAUUAUUGUCAUCCAUGAACUAACCCUCGACUGCUAGUAUGCCAUAUGCAUGUUAUGUACCUUAAUGUGAUGAACUUCAUUCAUGCUCUUAAACUUGGUUCUUUUCUACUUUUCUAAGACAUUGGUACUGAUCUUGAAAAAUGUGCAAAAUAUUGAUGUA